CACAAAACACGACGGCGCAGUCUUCGGCACACUCGCAAGUCGCAACCACCUGUCCACGCCGCCGCCGCCUGAGCUCCGGCGACGGAGGAAGCGGCCGCCAUUCCCACAGAGAUUGUCUCCAUGCCUGCCCCGCCCGACCAGCCCGCAGCCACUGGCGCUGGGGAUGCCUCGACUGAUCCUACUGCCGCCGCUGUCUGCGACGACGUGCACGACUCCAAGGAGGUCGUCCUGCGGCGGUACUUCCUUCAGGAAUGGGAGCUGGUCUCCGCCAUCCUCCGCCGCAUCUUCGCCGCUGGCGGCGUCGCGGAGCCCGCCGACGUCCACAGGAUCCGCUCCAUCAUGGACAAAUAUCAAGAAGAAGGUCAACUUCUCGAGCCAUACCUAGAAGACAUCAUCUCACCACUUAUGUCGUUGGUUCGAUCAAAGAUAAUGGAACUUGGUGCUGCCACAGAUGAGCUCCUUGAAAUCAUCAAGCCUCUGUGUAUUAUCAUCUACACCCUGGUCACAGUCUGUGGGUAUAAGAGCGUCAUCAAGUUCUUCCCUCAUCAGGUUUCAGAUCUAGAGCUUGCGGUUGCUCUCCUUGAGAAGUGCCAUACAAUGAGCUCAGCGACAGCUCUUAGGCAAGAGAGCACAGGAGAAAUGGAGACCAAGUGUGUCGUUCUGUUGUGGCUUUAUAUACUGAUCUUAAUUCCAUUUGAUAUCUCCUCCGUUGACACGAGCAUUGCUGCCACUGAUCAUGUGCCCGGGUCUGAGGUUGUUCCGCUUGUGACAAGGAUCUUGGACAUCUGUAAGGAUUAUCUCUCCAACUCUGGUCCAAUGAGAAGGAUGUCAGGGUUGCUGCUUGCAAGGCUGUUGACUCGUCCAGACAUGCUGAAGGCCUUCAGCAGUUUUAUGGAAUGGGCGCACAAAAUCUUGUUGUCUGUCACAGAUGACUUUGUGGAUCAAUUUAGGUCCAUUGGCAUAGUGGAAGCUUUAGCAUCAAUAUUUAAGAUUGGUAACAGGAGAGUGCUACAUGAUGCCAAUUCUGGUAUUUGGAACGACUGUUCAUUUGUGAUGAAGACUAAUAUUGCCAUCAGAAGUCCCCUCCUUAGGAAAUUUCUGGUCAAACUGGCACAGCGAGUUGCUCUCAUUAGCUUGGCUCCCCGUACGCCAUCAUGGCGCUAUCAGUCAAUAAGUAGUUCACUGGGUGCAAACCUUUUAAGUUCUACUGCUGCGUCUUCAAAUGGAUCAACCCAACAAGUGAACAUUGAUCAAACAGACACAUGUGGGUUGGAAGAAGAUAUGGAUGUUCCAGAAAUUGUGGAAGAGAUAAUCGACUUACUAUUGACUGGCUUGAGGGAUUCGCAGCGGUUGUUACAAUGUCUCCUUGCCACUAUGCUUCUUUACAUGCAAAAGGAUACUAUUGUGAGAUGGUCUGCUGCCAAAGGUGUCGGCAGAAUAACUGCACGUUUAACACCUGCACUGUCUGAAGAAGUUCUAUCAUCAAUCUUGCAGCUUUUUUCUCCUGGUGAGGGGGAUGGUUCCUGGCAUGGAGGCUGCUUGGCUUUGGCUGAACUUGCUCGGAGGGGGCUGUUGCUGCCUUCUAGCUUUCCUGAUGUUAUUCCCGUUAUAACGAAGGCUUUACACUAUGAUGUGCGUAGAGGUCCACAUAGCAUUGGUUCACACGUAAGAGAUGCCGCAGCAUACGUUUGUUGGGCGUUUGGUCGUGCCUAUACUAACUUAGAUAUGAAGGUGGUCUUGGAACAACUUGCUCCCCACCUUCUAACGGUUGCUUGUUAUGAUCGAGAGGUUAAUUGUAGAAGAGCUGCUUCUGCUGCCUUUCAAGAGAAUGUUGGAAGACAGGGAACUUAUCCGCAUGGCAUUGAUAUUGUGAAUACAACAGACUACUUUGCACUAGCUUCACGAUCAAACUCUUAUCUGAGUGUCGCCGUUUCUGUUGCUCAGUAUAAGGAGUAUGUUUACCCCUUUGCAGAAGAGCUGCUGUGCAAUAAAAUAACUCACUGGGAGAAAAGCUUGAGAGAGUUGGCGGCGCAGGCCCUUGCUUUGCUUGUGCAAUAUGAUAUGGAUUACUUCUCUGAGCAUGCCCUUAAAAAGUUAAUUCCCUGCACUCUAUCAUCAGAUCUCUGCACUCGACAUGGGGCCACUUUAGCUGCUGGCGAAAUUGCUUUGAAGUUGCAUCAGCUUGGUUUCAUUUUUACCACAGACAUGCAGAGAGGUUUGUCAGGCAUUGUCCCUGCAAUUGAAAAGGCACGCCUUUAUCGAGGUAAAGGAGGAGAGAUUAUGCGCUCUGCUGUUUCUCGAUUCAUUGCAUGUAUUUCCAUGGCUGCAAUAUCCUUGAAUGAGAAGACAAAGAGAAGUUUAGUUGAAACCCUUAACGAGAAUUUGAAGCAUCCCAAUUCUCAAAUACAGUGUGCCGCUGUUGACGCUUUGAAGCAUUUUAUUCCAACAUAUCUGGUUUCUGCUGGUGAAAAGAUUGCUAAUGAUGUCAUUUCGAAGUAUGUGACGCUUCUAGAUGACCCGAAUGUAGCUGCAAGACGAGGCGGGGCGCUGGCCCUUGGAAUAUUACCGUACGAGUUCUUGUUACUAAAAUGGAUGCCUGUCAUGAGUAAGCUCUGUAGCUCAUGCACAAUAGAGGAUAAGGCUGAUGAUCCUGACGCUGAAGCACGUGUGAAUUCUGUUAGGGGGCUAAUUCUGGUUUGCGAAACAUUAACAUCUAAUGUUGAUCAGAGCUCAGAUAUUGGAGAAUCUGUAUAUGCAUACAUAAAAGUUGAGGUCAUGCCAGCUUUAUUCAGAGCACUUGAUGAUUAUGCUGUAGAUAACAGAGGAGAUGUGGGUUCUUGGGUACGUGAAGCAGCAAUGGAUGCGCUAGAAAGAUGCACGUUCAUCCUCUGCAAGAGAGAUGCUGUUGCAGUGAGAGCAGCGCCAGCUGCUGAGGAUGAGUCUGAGCCAAGCGACAUGGAUGCAAAUGCAAUUAGUACCACAUGCCAACUAUUUGAUUCUGCUAUUGCACAGGGUCUGGUCGCUGGCAUUGCAAAGCAGGCAGUUGAGAAAAUAGAUAAGAUAAGAGAAAUAGCAGUCAGGACUCUGCAGAGGAUUCUGUACAACCAAGAACAGUUUGUCCCGUCUAUACCUUACAGGAAGCUGUUGGAAGAAAUUAUUCCUAAUAAUUCUGAUUUGGAGUGGGCAGUUCCUACGGUAUCAUAUCCACGAUUGGUGAAGAUUCUUCAGGCUAGCUGUUACAGCAAGCCUGUGCUUUCAGGGCUUGUGAUUUCUACCGGUGGGUUGCAGGAGUCUUUGAGGAAAGCUUCAACAUCAGCUUUAGUAGGAUACUUGCAAGAUUCAAGUAUUAAUAUAGAUGAUAAAGGGAAAAGUAGAGAGUAUCUAUUGAGUCAUGACAUUUUGUGGGUUCUCCAGCGUUACCAGAAGUGCGACCGUGUAAUUACACCCACAUUGAAGACUAUCGAGACUCUGCUCAGUAAACAGGUCUUCUUGAACAAGGAGGGGCACGGCGACUUCUACAGUGAAUUGGUAAAUUUACUAGGCCCUGAACUGAAGGGAUCAAAGGACUUCACGAAGUUAUGUGCGGGCCUCUCAAUCCUAGGAUAUAUUUCUUCACAAUUGGAUGGGACUGGCACCAAGGCGUUCUCUCAACUUCUAGUGUUCCUAGGCCAUAGAUACCCCAAGAUCCGGAAGGCUGCGGCUGAUCAGGUGUACCUUGUGCUGCUGCAAAAUGACAGUCUGAUCUCGGCGGAAGAUAUGGAUAAAGCCCAGGAAGUGCUCGCGGAGACAUGCUGGGAAGGAGACGUCGAGGAAGCGAGGCACAAGAGGUCGGAACUGAAUGCGAUGGCUGGUUUUGGCGUCGCCACCUCGCAGAAGUCUGAGAAUCGACAGGGAGCAAGAGCUCCCGAUGUUCGAAAUGCUGCUUCAACUGAUGAGAACACGUCGUAUUCCUCACUGGUUGAAUUCAGUGGGUACUAGGAAGCAGGGGGGCGUCGACGCGUCGUUCUCCCCUUCUAUAAUGUACACAGUUGUGCACUACACUUGUACAAUAUUUCGUUUCAGUGUUAUCUCAAUUUUGUAUGUUAGGCAUCUGAGACAUUUUUUGUUUGAAGAAACGCAUUACACGCAGCAGCAGCAGCAGCAGCAGCAGCUUAGUUCAUGAUCAA